UCUGGAGACCCCAAGUCAUUUCGGGAGGUUCCAGGCCCCACCUGGAGGAUGGCAACCUUAAUUGUUGCUUGCAUACGAGCAUAAGCAGACGAACGCUCAGUCUGGUGCAGGAUCCCGUGAGUCACACUGGAGGAUCAACAGAGUAUAAGCCCUGAUGUUGACUCCUGGCGCUUUGCUGCCUCUGCAUGUGGAGGAGGGCUGACAACCCUUAGGUGAUAGCUGACAGUCUCCCGGAAUUUCACUUGUCAGAGAUCAGUUGCCCUGGAGAAAAUGCCUCCUUUGGACUAUAUGGCAUUAUACCUAGCUGAAGUCCCUCCUCUCCUAAACCUAGUCCUCUCCAGGCCCCACCCUUAAAAUCUCCAGGAAUUUCACAGCCUGGAGCUGGCAACUCUUAAGUGCAGGUUCUCUUUAGUUACCGUGCAGCCACUGAGGAAAACAGAUGUGGUGUGGGCUUUUUGAAAGAACAUCAUUUAGUUUGUGUCUUUGGUAUUCGACACUCUAUACAUACAUUAUCUGGAAUCCUUACCACAAACUUGUAAGGUAAAACAGUGUUUUUAUCCCUAUAGUGCAAGUGAGAGGCAGAGGUGACAGUGGUGCGACUAAAGCCAACUAAUGAGUUCAUGGUGGAGGCAAGAUUUGAACCGGGGACUUGCUGAUAUGAUAGGGGAUCCUGUGCCUGCAGGCUGACAGGCGCUCAUUGUGCAUGUGUAACGGGCACUGUCAAGCAGUUUUUUGGUGGUGUUGGGGAGAAUGGGGUAGGCCCUGCUCCAAAGAAAAUUGGAUGUGUGUCAUUUUCCAAUAAUGCCACUAGGCUACAACCCUCUACAUGCCACCGUCGAGAUGGGACGGAAACGAAAGGCCUCCAAAGCCCAGGAUGGGGAACCCAGUGCUGCAGGGGCAGAGCUACGCUGGGAGUGGGAGACCACCAGUAAUACGUGGCAGCAGUUCCCGCCGGAGCAAAGUGAGACCCUAAGCCAGGCGGCCAGGACAGGAAAGCUCUCUGUGGACCUCGGAGAGUCCUCUGUUGACCUGCGUGAGAUGAUGCAGCGGGAUAAACAGACGGGGCAGGAAACACGCGUGGCUGCAGCGGUCCGAGAGCAGGACUUUUACUUUGUGUGGCAGUGGCAAGGCGACCAAGAAGGCGAUUGGCAUCCAUACCCGGCUGAUACCUGCCUGGCCUUGCAGGCAGCGAGGAGCGGCCAUGGGGAGCCCACGGUGGAGAUGACAGUCGGCCGGACCCGCUACAAGCUGGACACAACCCGCAUGGUGCAGAUCAACACCCGUACCAAAUUUGAACGGGAGAUGGAAUGCAGGCAGUCGGGUGCUGCAGAUCCCGAGGACGGAGGAUCUCGAGUCAUCAACAGCACCUCAGAUACUGGUGGUCCCACGGCCACGAAGAAGGCACGGAACACAGCGGAUAUGCCAACCUCUCACGGAGAGGGAGACAGCAAGGAGGCUGUGAAGACGUUGAUCCUGAAGGGAAAAGCUCCUGUGGACCCAGAGUGCACUGCAAAACUAGGCACAGCUCAUGUUUAUUGUGAGGGAGAUGACAUUUAUGAUGUGAUGUUAAAUCAGACAAAUCUUCAGUUCAAUAACAACAAGUACUACCUCAUUCAGUUGUUGGAGGACGACGGCACACGGAGCUACAGCGUCUGGAUGCGCUGGGGGCGUGUGGGUAAACAAGGUCAGCACUCCCUUGUGAAUUGUGCUGGAGACUUGAUUAAAGCCAAAGCUGUUUUCACCAAGAAGUUCUUGGAUAAAACCAAGAAUGAGUGGGCCAAACGGGGUAACUUUCAGAAAGUUCCAGGCAAAUAUGACCUUCUCCACAUGGACUACGAAGCCAAUGAUGCAGCUGAAGAGGAAGCCACUUCACAAAAGACUGUCUCGUGUCCCAAGCUGGUGUCGCACCUGGAACCACGAGUACAGAGCUUGAUAGAACUGAUCUGCAACAUCCGCACCAUGGAAGAGAUGGUUGUGGAGAUGAAGUAUGAUACCAAGAAAGCUCCUCUAGGAAAGCUGACAGCUGAACAGAUCCGGGCUGGUUAUCAGUCCUUGCAAAAGGUGGAGGGGUGUCUGAAGAGGAAGCAGACGGGCCGCACCCUGCUUGAAGCCUGCAACGAGUUCUACACCCGGAUUCCCCAUGAUUUUGGGCUGAAGACUCCCCCAUUGAUAGCGUCAGAAGAGGAGUUAAAAGAGAAAAUACAGCUACUGGAAGCCCUUGGCGAGAUCCGUCUUGCUAUUAAGCUGGUGCGGUCAGAGCAACUGGCCAUGGAACACCCACUGGACCGGAGCUACCGUGGCUUGAACUGCGAACUCCAGCCCUUAGGGCAAGACAGCCCAGACUUCCAGGUAUUGGAGCGCUACCUACUGUCCACCCAUGCCCCAACCCACAAGGACUAUACCAUGACUCUUCUGGAGGUCUUUGUGUUGAACAAGGAGGGUUCCACCUUCCGCUCUGACCUGCCCAACCGGAUGUUGCUGUGGCACGGCUCCCGCCUGGGGAACUGGGCCGGGAUUUUGAGCCAAGGGCUGCGAGUGGCUCCGCCGGAAGCCCCCGUCACAGGCUACAUGUUUGGGAAAGGGAUCUAUUUUGCUGACAUGUCCUCCAAGAGCGCCAAUUACUGCUUUGCCACCCGUGAGAGAGAUAUCGGCCUGCUCUUGCUUUCAGAGGUGGCUCUGGGCGAAUGCAACGAACUGCUGGAGGCUAACCCCGAUGCAAAGAAGUUGUUGGCCCACAAACACAGCACUAAAGGGCUUGGCAAGCUGGCCCCGGCCAAUAGCACCACACUGCAUGGGGCUGUCGUUCCUAUGGGUCCAGUCGUAGAAACGGGCAUAGUAAACCCACGUGGCUACACCCUAAACUACAAUGAAUUCAUUGUCUAUGACCCGCAGCAGGUGCGGAUGAGGUAUCUCCUCAGGGUGCGCUUCAAUUUUACUCAGCUCUGGUGAGAGGCGACAGACAAUUGCAAGAAGGACGGCAGGAUUUUUCCCCCCGCCUCUUUGAGUGCCUUCAACUGUAGGGAGACUGUUGAAGGAUUAUCACAUGCUGCUGGUUGGUUAAUAUUCCUCUGAUAUAUCCCAGGAGUCCACCUAAAGUCCUAUUUUGGGGAAAUGGUGAAUUAAUUAAAUAUGCCACAUACGGACAUUCUUGCUCUACAUUAAAAUGUCAACCAAGACGCUGGUCUGUGAAGUGAACUUGCUGUCGCCAGCUGGCUGCCAGAAACGGGCCUUGUGGGGUGUUUAAGGGCCUGUUGAAAAAAACCAGAAGGCCUUCUAUCAUGCACUCUGUUUCUUGUGUUUGUGAUACUGUGACUGGAUCUGCAUCAGGGCAACGUUAUCGCAAAUGAUGCUUAAGGGGCCAGUAUUCACAUACAAGGUUGCACUAAUUUCCACCAAUUCCCUUCCCCCAAG